UGGGUCAGUCAGCGAGGAUUCAUGUGGCGCGGCUUGGUACGCUGACGGCUCUUUCUGAUUCAUUUAAAGAGAUGGCCGCUCUCUUCGUGUCCCCUCACCCCGAUGACUUCAGGAGCCUUCUGGCUCUCGUGGCUGCAGAGUUUAGUUCCCCCCGCCCGCAGACUCUCACAGAGGAACCUCCCGCGUCCCUGAACGCCCGCUCCAGACCGACCCUGGUGCUGGGCGCCGGGGACGGUGACGCCGUCCUGAGCGGGGCCAGCGCUGUGUCCUGGUACCUGGCUGAUCUGGGGAACAGAGCUGGUGUCGAUGCAAAGCAGCAGAGCCAGGUGUGGCAGUGGCUCAGCUUUGCAGACAAUGAACUCACCCCGGUGUCCUGCGCUGUGGUGUUCCCCCUGAUGGGGAUGACGGGAGUGGAUAAGAAGCUCCUGCAGAGUUCCCGGGCUGCGUUGAUCCGUGUUCUGAAGGUUCUUGAUAAAGCACUGGAACCGAGAACCUUCUUGGUCGGGGAGAGCAUCACCCUGGCUGAUAUGGCUGUAGCUACAGCUGUUCUGCUCCCCUUUAAAUAUGUGUUGGAGCCAUCAGACAGGAAAGUCUUGACCAAUGUAACGAGGUGGUUCACAACCUGCACAAAUCAGCCACAGUUCCUGAAGGCGUUGGGGAAGAUCACUCUUUGUGAGAAGAUGGUGCCAGUUACACCGAAUACAAACCCUCCAGCCAAUGCUAAAGCUGCUAAUGCCAGUCCUGAUGGUUCUCCUGCUGAUGCCACAGCUAAUAGCCCAGAAGCUAAAGACCCGGAAGCUAAUGGCCCGGAAGCUAAUGGCCCACCAAAGACAGAAGCCCAGCUGAAGAAGGACGCUAAGAAGAAAGAAAAGUUGGAAAAGUUCCAGCAGAAGAAGGACAUGGAGGCAAAGAAAAAGACUAAGCCUCCAACAGAAAAAAAGGCCAAACCAGAAAAGAAGGACCUGGAAGUGAUCUCAUACAGUGGUCCCACUGCCCCGGGGGAGAAAAAAGAUAUCAUUAGCCCACUUCCCGACUCCUACAGUCCUCAGUACGUGGAGGCUGCCUGGUACUCAUGGUGGGAGAAGCAGGGAUUCUUCAAGCCGGAGUAUGGGAGGGAGAGUAUUAGCGACCACAACCCCCGUGGCGUCUUCAUGAUGUGCAUCCCCCCACCUAAUGUGACUGGAUCCCUUCACCUGGGCCACGCCCUCACCAACGCCAUUCAGGACUCUCUGACCAGAUGGCACAGGAUGCGAGGUGAAACCACCUUGUGGAACCCGGGCUGUGAUCACGCUGGCAUCGCCACACAGGUGGUGGUGGAGAAAAAGCUGAUGAGAGAGAGGGGUAUGAGCCGUCACGAGCUGGGCAGGGAAAACUUCAUUCAGGAAGUCUGGAAGUGGAAGAACGAGAAGGGAGACCGUAUCUACCACCAGCUGAAGAAGCUGGGCUCCUCUCUGGACUGGGACAGAGCCUGCUUCACUAUGGACCCCAAACUUUCCAAUGCAGUCCAGGAGGCCUUCAUCCGCAUGCACGAUGAGGGCGUGAUCUACCGGAGCAAGCGUCUGGUCAACUGGUCCUGCACUCUGAACUCUGCCAUCUCGGACAUAGAGGUGGACAAGAAGGAGCUCACUGGAAGGACUCUGCUGCCGGUCCCUGGGUACACAGAGAAAGUGGAGUUUGGAGUGCUGGUGUCUUUUGCCUACAAGGUGGAAGGAUCAGACGAGGAAGUGAUUGUGGCGACGACUCGUAUCGAGACGAUGUUGGGAGACACGGCUGUCGCUGUCCACCCGGAUGACUCCAGAUAUCAGCAUCUGAAGGGGAAAAUAGUGCUGCACCCCUUCUGCGACCGCAAGAUGCCAAUUGUCUUCGAUGACUUUGUGGACAUGAGCUUCGGAACAGGUGCUGUCAAAAUCACCCCCGCUCACGACCAGAAUGACUACGAGGUCGGAGAGAGACACAAUCUGGCCUUCAUCAACAUUUUGAACGAGAAUGGCCUCCUCAUUAACGUGCCUCCUCCCUUCCUGGGCAUGAAGCGCUUUGAGGCCAGGAAGACGGUGCUCCAGGCUCUCAAGGACCGAGGCCAGUUCAUAGAGAUCAAAGACAACCCUAUGGUGGUCCCCGUCUGCAGUCGUUCUAAGGACAUUGUGGAGCCGCUGCUGAAGCCGCAGUGGUAUGUAGCCUGCAAAGAUAUGGGCAAGCAGGCCGCGGACGCCGUCAGAGAGGGCCGCCUCAAAAUCAUCCCCGAUCACCACCUCAAGACGUGGUUCAACUGGCUGGACAACAUCAGGGACUGGUGUAUCUCUCGGCAGCUCUGGUGGGGUCACCGUAUCCCUGCAUACUUCAUCACUGUCAGCGAUGCCGCUGUAAAACCAGGAGAGGACAUGGACGGUCGUUACUGGGUGAGCGGGAGAUCGGAGGAGGAGGCCAGAGAGAAGGCGGCGAAACGCUUCAAUGUGUCUGCUGACAAAAUAUCGCUCAGACAAGAUGAGGAUGUUCUCGACACUUGGUUCUCGUCUGGCAUUUUCCCCUUCUCCAUCUUCGGAUGGCCUAAUGAGACCCAGGACCUGAAUGUGUUCUACCCUGGCACUUUGCUGGAGACGGGCCAUGACAUCCUGUUCUUCUGGGUCGCCCGUAUGGUGAUGAUGGGCCUCAAACUGACCGGCAAGCUGCCCUUCAAAGAGGUGUAUCUGCAUGCAGUGGUGAGAGACGCCCACGGGAGGAAGAUGAGCAAAUCUCUGGGCAACGUCAUUGACCCUCUGGACGUCAUUACAGGAAUCUCCCUCGAGGGUCUUCAUGCCCUGUUUUUGAACAGCAACUUGGAUCCUCUGGAGGUGGAGAAGGCGAAGCAGGGCCAAACGGCCGACUACCCCAAUGGCAUCCCAGAGUGUGGCACAGACGCUCUCCGGUUUGCCCUGUGCGCCUACGCUAGUCAAGGUCGAGACAUCAACCUGGAUGUCAACCGCAUCCUGGGUUACCGCUACUUCUGCAACAAACUGUGGAACGCUGUGAAGUUUGCCAUGAAGACCCUGGGAGACGACUUUGUACCGUCAGAGAAAGCCCAGUUGUGUGGAGAGGAGAGCGUAUCCGACCGGUGGAUUCUGUCUCGACUGAGCGCAGCGGUCGCCGUCUGCGACGCCGGCUUCAAGGCCUACGAGUUCCCAACCAUCACGACCGCCAUUUACAACUUCUGGUUGUACGAGCUCUGUGACGUCUACCUGGAGAGUGUGAAGCCGGUGUUCAGUAGAUCGGAGGAAGACGGCAGCGGCGAGAGGCCGCGCCUGGUGUGCAGACAGACCCUUUACACCUGUUUAGAAGUGGGCCUGCGCCUCCUGUCUCCUGUGAUGCCCUUCGUCAGCGAGGAGCUCUAUCAGAGGUUACCGCGGCGACGGCCUCAGAGCGAUCCACCCAGCAUCUGUGUCACACCCUACCCCGAUACCGAGGAGUUCUGUUGGCACAGCGUGGAGGUCGACCGGGACAUGGAGUUUGUGAUGACUGUGAUCAAGACGAUCCGCUCACUGCGAUCCGACUACAACAUGAACAAGACCAAAGCUGACUGCUACCUCCAGUGCAUUGACUCUGCCACGGCGGCCCUGGUGCAGAAGAACAGUCUGCCGAUUCAGACCUUGUCUUAUGCUCAGGCCGUCUUCGCUCUGACGGCGAAGCAGCCCGUCCCAGAAGGCUGCGCUGUGGCGAUCGCCUCUGACAGAUGUACCGUCAACCUCAUGCUCAAGGGUCUCAUCGACAUGGAGAAGGAAGUGGCUAAGCUGAUGAGUAAGAAAGGCGACUUGGAGAAACAGACGGAGAAAUUGAGAGAGAAGAUUGCAAAGAGUGACUACAAGGAGAAGGUGCCGGUGAAGGUGCAGGAGCAGGAUGCCGAGAAGCUGCGGCAGAGCCAAUCCGAACUUGAAAAAGUGAAAGAAGCCACGGACAACUUCAGGACAAUGAUGAAACUUCCUUCUUAACGUGGUGUAAUUCAUGGUUUUAUGUCUAUUCAUUUUCAACGGUGAUUGUAGUACAGAGAGAAUUCAAUAAAGCUUUUAUGAAAGACGAUGGUUUCCAGCAGUGUUCCGAGGCAAUUUUAUUCUCUUAUUUACGAUCAAAUUUCUUUCUUAUCUGUACAAUUUAUUAUUUAACACAUCAAGUAUUGAGCCCCUUAUGUCAAACAUUUUAUUCAACAUAUUUAACAGACAUCUAAGCAUUAUUUUAGGAUACAGCUUUGUUCAUAAAGAUAGUCCACAGAAAAUAAAAAUACCUGACCGUCACACUUUGGCUGCAUUUUAAAGAUUCAGACUAGAUUUGCAGGUUAGUCAAUAUUUAAAUGCUAGCGAUGCAUUUCUACUUCUAAUUGCUUCUUUACAAAUACAGCCAAUGAAUGGAAGGAGGGAAAAAAAAGCCUUUUUCCCUAGGAGACUAACACUGAACAGAAUGAAUCUAACCAACCAAACGAUGUACCAUAUUUUACAGGCGUGUGGCUACGGAUGAGAGAGAGUAGAGCAGAUCUUCUCAGAUGCCACUACAGCAAUAAUAAACAUGACGAUGAAUCAGUUCUACAUUCACACCAUGCCAGAAACACGCUCUUGACCACAGGCCAUCCAAAUCCUCCGCUGCUGGUUCCCUCGCGUCCAUCCAGCCAUCGUUCUCUACAGUCUCCAGGGAGACUGGAACUCGGAGGCGGGGAGAGGAGUGCAGUGUGUCGUUUCAAAGUUUCGCAUGUGCUUUCGUGCC